GGGGGCUUUCUCUGUGGUCCGACGCUGUGUCAAGCUCUGCACCGGCCAUGAGUAUGCAGCCAAGAUCAUCAACACCAAGAAGCUGUCGGCCAGAGAUCACCAGAAGCUGGAGAGAGAGGCUCGGAUCUGCCGCCUUCUGAAGCAUUCCAACAUUGUGCGUCUCCAUGACAGCAUCUCCGAGGAGGGCUUCCACUACCUGGUCUUCGAUCUGGUUACUGGUGGAGAGCUCUUUGAAGACAUCGUGGCCAGAGAGUACUACAGCGAGGCUGAUGCCAGUCACUGCAUCCAGCAGAUCCUGGAGGCCGUUCUCCAUUGUCACCAAAUGGGGGUCGUCCACAGAGACCUCAAGCCGGAGAACUUGCUCCUGGCCAGCAAGUGCAAAGGGGCCGCAGUGAAGCUGGCAGACUUUGGCCUGGCUAUCGAGGUGCAGGGGGACCAGCAGGCAUGGUUUGGGUUCGCUGGCACACCGGGCUACCUGUCCCCUGAGGUCCUUCGCAAGGAAGCGUAUGGCAAGCCCGUGGACAUCUGGGCGUGUGGCGUGAUCCUGUACAUCCUGCUUGUGGGCUACCCACCCUUCUGGGAUGAGGACCAGCACAAGCUGUAUCAGCAGAUCAAGGCCGGUGCCUACGAUUUCCCAUCCCCUGAAUGGGACACCGUCACUCCUGAAGCCAAAAACCUCAUCAACCAGAUGUUGACCAUCAACCCUGCCAAGCGCAUCACAGCCCACGAGGCCCUGAAGCACCCGUGGGUCUGCCAACGCUCGACAGUAGCCUCCAUGAUGCACAGACAGGAGACUGUGGAGUGUCUGAAAAAGUUCAACGCCAGGAGGAAGCUCAAGGGGGCUAUCCUCACCACCAUGCUGGCCACACGGAAUUUCUCAGUGGGCAGACAGACCACCGCUCCAGCCACAAUGUCCACCGCGGCCUCCGGCACCACCAUGGGGCUGGUGGAACAAGCCAAGAGUUUACUCAACAAGAAAGCAGAUGGAGUCAAGCCCCAGACGAAUAGCACCAAAAACAGUGCCGCCGUCACCAGCCCCAAAGGGACGCUUCCUCCUGCCGCCCUGGAGCCUCAAACCACCGUCAUCCAUAACCCAGUGGACGGGAUUAAGGAGUCUUCUGACAGUGCCAACACCACCAUAGAGGACGAAGAUGCUAAAGCCCGGAAGCAGGAGAUCAUCAAGACCACGGAGCAGCUCAUCGAAGCCGUCAACAACGGCGACUUUGAGGCCUACGCGAAAAUCUGUGACCCAGGCCUGACCUCAUUUGAGCCUGAAGCUCUAGGCAACCUGGUUGAAGGGAUGGACUUCCACAGAUUCUACUUUGAGAACCUGCUGGCUAAGAACAGCAAGCCAAUCCACACGACCAUCCUGAACCCCCACGUGCACGUCAUCGGGGAGGACGCCGCCUGCAUCGCUUACAUCCGGCUCACGCAGUACAUCGACGGGCAGGGCCGGCCCCGCACCAGCCAGUCCGAGGAGACCCGCGUGUGGCACCGCCGUGACGGCAAGUGGCAGAACGUGCACUUCCACUGCUCGGGCGCGCCCGUGGCCCCGCUGCAGUGAAGCCAAGGGAGGGACACAGAGUGGGGAACAGGACACAGGAUCCUAAACUCCAAGGGGACUGUCCACCAACGAACACUCAGAGUGGACGCCACCUUCUGUCCACGCUAUACCCAGGACAGCUGUCCCCAUCCAUGGACACAGGGUAAACAUCUGCCGGGCUCCGCACCAGUGGCUCCCUGGGCCACAGGACAGUGGCAGGGCUCACCAUGGACAGCGUGUGGCCCAGCGGCCGGCCACCCUGGCAUCCUGGGGCCUCCUCCCCUCCUCUCCCUUUCACCUUGUCAUCUCCACGGAGCUGCCUGUCUGGGAUAAUUUGGGGAUUUUUUUUCUGGGGGAUAAUUCUUUUGCAUGACCCCUAAAGAGCAAGCCACAGCCGCUCUGCUAGCUAGGUGUCCGCGGUGUGGUGGCAGCGGCCCGCUGGCCAGCGCUGCAGGGGUCGGCUGCCCACGGUGCUGGCUGGCCUCCCCUCUUCUCUCUUUUUGCUGAGUUUCAUUGUCUUUUCUUUCUGAGCCUUGUAAGUGUACAAAAUUAUUCUUAUUUUGUUCUGUCUCGGGAAACUGCAAAUAAAAGAAAACAGGACAAACCGC